AUGGUUUCUGUGAGUGAUAAAGGUGGGAGAUCUUUCAGUCAAAACUCUGAGCUCACUGCACAUCAGAGAAUCCACACUAGAGAGAAACCUUAUGAAUGUAAACACUGUGGAAAGGCUUUCACACAGAGGGUCCAUCUUGUUACACAUCAGAGAAUUCACACUGGAGAGAAACCUUAUGAAUGUAAACACUGUGGAAAAGCUUUCACACAGAGGGGCCAUCUUGCUAUACAUCAGAGAAUCCACACUGGAGAGAAACCUUAUGAAUGUAAACAAUGUGGAAAGGCUUUUACAGAGAGAAGAAAUCUUGCUGCACAUCACAGAAUCCACACUGGAGAGAAACCUUAUGAAUGUAAACACUGUGGAAAGGCUUUCACAGAGAGAGGAUCACUUGCUAAACAUCAGAGAAUCCACACUGGAGAAAAACCUUAUGAAUGUAAACAAUGUGGAAAAGCUUUCAUACGGAGGGAUUAUCUUGCUGCACAUCAGACUGUCCACACUGCAGAGAAACCGUAUGAAUGUAAACAAUGUGGAAAGGCUUUUACAUUGAAGGUCUCUCUUGCUAAACAUCAAGGAAUCCACACUGGAGAGAAACCUUAUGAAUGUAAACAAUGUGGGAAGGCUUUUACAGAAAGGGGCAAUCUUGCUACACAUCAGAGAAUCCACACCGGAGAGAAACCUUAUGAAUGUAAACAGUGUGGAAAGGCUUUUAUUGGGAGGGGACAUCUUGUUAUACAUCAGAGAAUUCACACUGGAGAGAAACCUUAUGAAUGUAAACAGUGUGGAAAGGCUUUUACACAGAAGGGCUCUCUUGCUGCACAUCAGAGAAUCCAUACUGGUGAGAAACCUUAUGAAUGUAAACAGUGUGGAAAGGCUUUUACAGAGAGGGGAUCUCUUGGGAAACAUCAGAGAAACCACACUGGAGAGAAACCUUAUGAAUGUAAACACUGUGAAAAAGUUUUCACACGGAGAAGCCAUCUUGCUGCACAUCAGAGACUCCACACUGGAGAGAAACUGCAUUGUAUGGGAUAAAAUCAUGCAUUAUUCUCUAGUAUAUAUUAAUUAGUUUUAGUAGUCUUUGAUUGUCAACUUCCUAUAGAAAAUAAGAAAAAGUUAGGUGCCCUUCAGAAGGGAGAUACUAAUUUCUCCUUAUGAAGAGUAGAGAAACCACCCCCCCCAAGCAGCUUUUUAUAUAUACAUAAAUAUACACCUUCAAUUCACUCC